AUGGUUGCGGUGGAGCAGAGCGAUGUUACCAGAUCUGACGAUGCAGACGAGGGUGGAGACAUUUGUACGGUUCAGAUUGAAGGAGAGUCGAUUGAUGAUGCAUUCGAUAGGGCGAUCAGUGGGGAGUGUUUGGAACCAAUAUUCCUUAUGCUAAACUUUUCAGGUAGGAAUGAUGAGAUUAACAAGCUUGUUCCCUCGGAACUCCAGCGUUUCUUGAACACAAGACUCGACAAGGUUAGAGUUGAAGAUUUAGACGAGUGGUUGAGUCUUAUGAACGAGUGCUCUAUUUGCCUGCGUAGUCCGAUUGUCGGAUCUCGUAUAUCUGUGCUUCCUAAUUGCGGUCAUGCUUUUCAUUCACAUUGCAUUGUGAGAUGGUUUAUCUUGAGCAAUUUGUGCCCCUUGUGCUCUUGUCCUGGACAUUAUUUCCCUGUUUCUCAAGACUUUCCUUAUCUUUCUUCUUAUUAG